AUGGAUGGCGAACGAGAUGAGAAGAUGCAAGUGAAAGAAAGGACAAGAGAAGACGAAAAAGGGACGAAGACGACAGACGAAAAAGCUGAAGGCUUUGGCGCUUUGAUGAUUCUCAUUGUUUGUCAUCACAUCGAGACUAUCCGGCUGUCGCACCGUAUUCCUACGUUCUUGGGCUCUUGCAGCGCCAAGUGCCGUAUUUGAUA